AUGUCUCAAUCUUCUGGUUCCGCUCAGAUCAAAAACAAAAUUGCUGAUACAGUGAAAACAAGAUCAAAAUCUAAGAAGGAAGGAACAACUGUUGUGGUCGAUGCGACGCCCAUAUCAAGUAUCCCUGCAACUAGUUCUAAGAAGAAGAAAUCUGCAAAAUCCACUAAGAAAGUAAGUGAAUCGCCUCCUUCAAUUUCUAUUAAGUCUGAUACUGUUAAGUCUAAGAAGAAGAAACCCCAAUCUCCCGUAAAAAGGGGUUUGAGCAUGUCUGAUCUAUACUUGAGUAAGAAUCCUUCUGAAACUGCGAAUGUGGAAUCACAUGAUGUUGCCUCCGGCAAAAAUGCGAAUGUUGAAUCGUCUAAUAAAGCAAAUGAAGAAAGUGUUAAGCCUGUUUCUGAAAAGGUGAAUCAAGAAACCCUUUCUGCAAAGGAAAACCCUAGUUCUGUUGAAACCCUAGGAAAAACCCAAAAUAUUGCUGAGAAUGUUUUUGUGAGCAAUAAUCCUAGUGUUCCUGAGAAUAUGACAGUACCCACGAAUGUCAUAACUGAUGUUGCUGAAAAACCUCAAGAAAAGGUUGUUGUAACCGAUGCGCCAACCGAUGUUGAGCCACCCUUUAUACCAACUGAUGCUGAGAAGGAUGUUGAAGCAUCCAAAGGAGUUUCUAGCCCACAUGCUAACACUGCCACUGGGUCGUUUGGCAGUGGAUCUAAUUCUGAAGCUUCCACUGAAGAGGAAGUAAACAAAGAAAGUACUCCUGAACAUGUGGCUGAUUCUGAGCCAGAAAAUGAAGCUGGUGAGGAUUCUGAGAAAACCACCAAUGAAGAACAGGACAUAGUGGAUGUUGAUGAAGUCCCCUCUGAAGAAGAUCUGCAAUCUCCACCUACUCAGAAAGGAAUUGGAAGAAGACUGAGAAGCAGGACCACUACACCUGCACCUGCUGUUACCACUACCCCUGUUGUCAUCAAAGAAAAAAAAGGACACUACUCUGAAGCCUGUCAAAAAAAGGGUGUGCUGAAAAGGAAGAGUGCACCAUCAAGUGACUCUGAUUUUGAAGCUGUAAAAGAUGACUCAAGCAUCAAGCCUCCUGCUAAGAAGGCUAUGUCUGCUAAGAAGGCCAUGCCUCAAUCUGCUGCUCCUGACACUGAAGACUUCCCUUGCAAAGAUAUUCUGGAAUGUGAAGAGAUUGUGAGUUUGAUCAAUGAUGCUGGAUUGAUCAAAACUGUGUGGGGCUUAGGCUCUUGCUAUGAGAAGCUGGUUAGGGAGUUUGUUGUCAACAUUCCUAUAGGUUGUGACAAUCCCUUGGACAAAGAAUAUCAGAAGGUAUAUGUUCGAGGAAAAUGUGUGACAUUCUCUCCAAGUGUGAUCAACAAGGUGCUGGGUAAUGCUGAUGAUCCUCACCCUGACAUAGAGGUAUCUGACAAUGUGGUCUGCAAAACUAUCACAGCUGAAAAGGUGAAAACCUGGCCCAAGAAGGAGAAGGUACCUGCAGUCAAGCUAACCCAAAAGUAUGCCAUCUUGAAUCGUAUUGCAUCUGUCAACUGGGUUCCUACUACACAUGCAUCUGACAUUGCAACAAAUCUGGUUGUGCAGCAUGCUAAGACCUCUGUCACCAAGCAACCCAUUGCAUUUCCAACUUUGAUCUGUGACAUCAUCUUGUCCCAACAUCCUAAUAUAAGGCAUGAGGGUGAGUCUGCUAAGAAAAGGGCAACUCCUCUGGCCAUUCAUCAGAAGCUGUACAGUAAACAACAUGCUCCAGAUAUUGUUGGACCAUCAAAUGCUGCUGCUGAUACUCCUAUGACAAGGAAGGAGAUGAUUGCUGUGCUGGAAGCAAACUGUAAGGAGCUAGAUGAAAAGAAGUUGCAGUUUGAAAGGAUGAUACAUGCUCUCAGGGUUGAAGAGGCUGCAGCUCAAGCAGCUGAUGCAGGUGAUGAUGGUACUAGUGGUGAAGAAGAAGCUGACUCAGAUGCUGAAGGAGAAGAAAGUGAUUCCUCCCCAAGUGCUUCUGUGUAA